AUACAAAGCAGAAAACGGAAGUUCAGCGGUGCUAUGAAAGUCAAAUUGUAGCAUGGUGGCUUGCGCUUUUAAGUAAUCAAAAACCAAAAUGUCUGGGUACAGUUUGUUUAGGGUAGUAGCGUUAACAAAAUACAUCUCAACCAACGCGACGACAGCGCUCUGUCGGACGAACAUGUUAAACAGAGUACAGACAUGUGGAUAUGCGAAGAAAGUUGCGGCCAAAGGAAAAGGUAAAGGCAUGGCGAAGGAGGAGCUGAAAGGUCCAGAAGUGUGUAAAGACGCUGUCAGACUUACUACUCAUGCAGUAGGGGUUAACAUUUUCAAACAAGGAGAAGACCCCAAACUGAAGCCUCCUGAGGAAUACCCAGAGUGGUUGUUCCAGUUGCAACUGGGAGCGCCCAAAAAGCUGCACGAGCUGGAGUCAGACACCUGGGAAUACUGGAAACGUCUGAGGAAGGAAAACAUUUGGCGUCACAACAGAUUAUAUAAAGGGAAAAAGUUUUAAGCCAUCAGUGGACUGACAGUGGGCAGAUCUCCUCCUGUGCAGUGAUGUGCUUCAGACUCUAUGAACUGAAUUACAUGAUCGUAUGCCAAGUUCCUGGAUGAAAUAUCAAUAGACCAACUCUUUAAUGGUUUCCAUUUAUCUUGUAGUAAUCUGAAAUCAUAGUCAUUUGUGUACAGUAUUUGUAAGCUCAAAGAAAGCUUAUAACUCAGUGCAGUAUAUGACUUCAGGAAGUUCAUCACUGGUUAUGUUGAAUACGGGGGGGGGGGGGGGGGGGUAUAAGACCUGAAACUCACAUUGCAGGGGAAUCCAAUACAUCACCACACUCAACAAGAGGAAGCAGAAAAGUAGAUUGAAAGUGCACUCUGACCUUGGAAACAAUUUCACUAAAAGGUAAAUUUAGCAGCUUGUGUGAUACAAUCGAAAGUUCAGAAUGGCUAUUAAAUUUUCCCUGUGGUGAGAGUUAAGAAAGGCAGUGUUCACUGUAUUAGAUAGAGGGCUAUCACAUUGGAUUUAAUGCAUUUGUACAGCGAUAAUGUUUUGAUGAUAUUUCCACAAAUCACUUUUUUGUUUUUGAAGACUUAUUACAAAUAAAUGUGAAUAAAUAUCCAACAAAUUA